CCCACCCUUCCUGUGAGGUGCUGACCGCCAGCCUGGUGCAUGAGAGUGAUGAACUGUGGUGAACAUCAGAGAGGCUGAAUAGUGAAUAGACUUGGCAUUUUGGAAGCCUGCAAACCUUGCAGUUGUUCAGAUGCUUUACUAGUGAUGCCCCCAAGGAAAAAGAGAAGACCUGCCUCUGGAGAUGACUUAUCUGUCAAGAAGAGUAAACAUAAUAGCAUGUAUAGAAAAUACAAUUCAAUUAGAAUUAAGACUGAAGAAGAAACCUUCUCAAGUAAGCGGUGCUUAGAAUGGUUCUAUGAAAAUACAGGUUCUAAGGAUGUUGUGGGUUCUGAAGGAAUGGAGAAAUUUUGUGAAGACAUUAGUGUAGAACCUGAAAACGUAGUUAUGCUUGUCCUAGCUUGGAAAUUGGAUGCACAAAAUGGGUUAUUUUGCUCUACAAAAAUAGUUAACAGGAAUGACUUCUUUACAGUGUGAUACAACAGAAAAACUCAGAAAUUCUUUGGACUGCUUGAGGUCAUUAUUAAAUGAUUCUACAAACUUUAAGUUUAUUUAUAGAUAUGCAUUUGACUUCGCACGGGAAAAGGACCAGCACAGCCUAGACAUAAACACUGCCAAGUGUAUGUUGGGACUGUCAUUAGGAAAAAUCUGGCCCCUUUUCCCAGUGUUUCACCAAUUCUUAGAGCAAUCAAAAUAUGAAGUGAUUAACAAAGACCAGCGGUGCAAUGUACUUGAAUUCAGCAGAACGAUUAAUCUUGACCUCAGCAACUACAGUGAAGAUGGAGCAUGGCCAGUCCUGUUGGAUGAGUUCAUGAAGUGGUAUAAGACAAACAGAUGUCCGAGGACUAUAUGUAUAGCAGUGCGAGAGUCACUGUUGCCACAGUUAUGUCACCCGUCGGCCAUAAAUUGCUGUUUGUAUCAAAGGACAGGCUGCUUUCCUUGCACUGCCUCCCCUUUGCAGGGAUGUUUUGGUGUUUGA